GGGCUAUGGUGUUCCAUAGGAUGCUUAUGCAAGUCAUCUGGGCUGGUGUGAUAUUAUCAGCGAUAAUGGCAGCCACAGCAACAACAUUUCCAUUAGCCCUACCUAACUGCCCCGACAGUUGUGGAAAUGUAAGAAUUCCAUAUCCCUUUGGCACAACUGAAGGUUGUUACCGGCAAGAAAGUAGUAGAGACUUUUUUAUCAACUGUAACAACUCGUACGGCCAACCUCAACCAAUGACCGGAAAUCUCAACGUCACAAACAUUUCCAUCGAAGGAGAGAUGGAUAUCCUGAUGUAUAACGCCAUUGACUGUUACAACCAGUCGGGUACGCCUCUGGAAAUGAUCAACACGGGACCAUGGCGGCUCCAGGUCCCCAGUUUCACACUUUCUGUCACCAAAAACAAGUUUGUGGCAGUCGGGUGUGACACUUACGCAUACCUUAAUGGUUUGUUGAAUGAUCAACCCUCACUCGUAGGCUGCCAGUCCACAUGUAAUAACACACUGAGUGUAGUCAGUGGGGCAUGCUCUGGGAUUGGGUGUUGCCAAAUGGAUAUUCCUCGAGAUUUGACAGAUAUUAGUUUUCAAGCCUAUAGCUUUAAAAACCACACACAAGUCUGGAAGUUCAAUCCAUGCAGCUUUGCCUUUAUUAUCAAAGAAGACAAGUUCAAUUUCUCCUCAGAUUAUCUUAUCAGUCUACGAAACAAUGAAACCCUUCCCAUGGUUCUUGAUUGGGCAAUUGGUGCCGAGACCUGUGAAGUUGCUCAGAACACAGAAAAUUACAUAUGUGGAGGGAAUAGCAACUGUAUUGAUCUCAAGAACGGGUCUGGGUACCGUUGCCAAUGCAGGGACGGUUACCGCGGGAACCCAUACCUCAAAGACGAUUGCCAAGACAUUAACGAAUGUGAUGUUAAAGAGCCCAAUAACUGCACAAGCAAUCAAUUUUGUGUUAAUGAUGUUGGAUUAUACCAUUGCUCGUGCUUGGAGGGGUACCACCUGGACCGGGAGGCAUGUGUCCCCAAUCAAGCUGCUCCUAAAUUAUCACUAGCAAUUAGCCUCACUAUUGGUAUCAGCGUUGGCCUUUUACUAUUGUUUGUGGGAGGCUCUUGGAUAUAUUGGGGACUGCAAAAAAGAAAGUUGAUCAAGCUCAGAGAAAAAUUCUUCCAACAAAAUGGUGGCUUAUUGUUACAACAGAAACUAUCUAAUCGUAAAGGGUCUAUAGAAACAGGCAAGAUUUAUAGUGCAGAAGAGCUCAAAAAGGCCACCAACAACUACAAUGAAAGUAGAGUCCUUGGUCAAGGUGGCUAUGGAACAGUUUAUAAAGGAAUAUUACCAGAUAACAAAGUGAUUGCUAUUAAGAAGUCCAAAAUUGGUAAUCAAACCCAAAUCGAGCAAUUCGUAAAUGAGAUAAUUGUGCUUACCCAUAUUAACCAUAGGAAUGUGGUUAACCUAUUAGGCUAUUGUUUAGAAACAGAAGUGCCCCUACUAGUUUAUGAAUUCAUUACAAAAGGGACCCUUUCUGAACACAUUCAUGAUAAACGUUUAUCAUCCUUACUUUCUUGGGAAAAACGUUUGAAGAUUGCUGUAGAAACUACAGGAGCACUUGCGUAUUUGCAUUCUGCAACUUCUGUGCCAAUUAUACAUAGAGAUGUCAAAACUACAAAUAUAUUGUUAGAUGAUAAUUUCACAGCAAAAGUGUCUGACUUUGGAGCUUCCAGAUUGGUUCUUCUAGAUCAAACACAAUUAAACACUUUGGUGCAAGGAACUUUUGGAUACUUGGACCCAGAAUACUUCCAUACUAGCCAACUAACAGAGAAAAGUGAUGUGUACAGUUUUGGUGUUGUUUUGGCAAAGCUUCUGACUGGUAAGAGGGCACUUUCGUUCGAUAGGCCUGAAAUUGACAGAAAUCUAGCAAUGUUCUUUAUUUCUGCUGUGAAAGAUGAUCGCCUAGUUUAAAUUCUUGAAGAUCAUAUUGUUAAUGAGGGUAAUAUUGAGCAACCAAAGGAGGUUGCUAAUCUUGCAAAAAGGUGCUUAAAAGUGACAGGCAAGGAUAGGCCUUCUAUGAAGGAAGUGGCAAUGGAAUUGGAGGGGUUUGUUAUCAUGGAAAAACAUCCUUGGAGAAAUGCUACUGUCUAUAUAGAAGAGACUGAGUACUUGCUUGGUGCACCUACUCAAUCAUUUAGUAUUGAUGUUGGUCCAAGUUGUUCUUCCAGUACAGUUGCUGGUUAUGAUAGCAUGAGAAACGAAGCAUUGAAUUCGUUGGAUGAUGGGAGAUAAUUAGUUAAUCCACCGUAAUAUUCUUGCAUCGAUUGAGGCUAAAUUAUUGAUGUAUCUAUUAUGCAAUUGAAUUUAUGUAUGACAAUGUAUUUGAACAUGUUGUAGACUGGUUCAUGCUGUGUUUGACAUUAUACACAUGUAGACUGAAUAAAAUCUGGCACAUGAACAAAGGAACAUGCAUUUCCCCAUAAA